AUGGGUGCCAUAAUGAUCUUCAUUUGGAUGUUCCUGACAAUUUCUGGAGCUCUGCAGACUACCACAGAGAGCACUACAUCCACUUAUGAAACUACUACAACCACUCCUGACACCACUACAACUAUGACGCCAGAGCCAACCACCACUUUUGAAACUAUGGGUGAUGAUCUGGUGCUAGGACUUGCAAAUGGGCCAAACCGCUGUGCAGGUCGUGUUGAAAUCCUUCACUUUGGACGCUGGGUAAAAGUUUGUGGUGAUUUGUGGGACAUGAACGAUGCACGAGUUGUGUGCAGGCAACUGGGCUGUGGCGAGCCUGUUGCUGCUCUGAGAAAUAGCUACUUUGGUGAAGGCUGGACAAGUCCUUGGAUGACUAAUGUGAGAUGCACUGGCUCUGAAGACGUUUUGUGGUCUUGUCCUUAUGAAUAUGCACACUAUUCAUGUGGUGUUUAUGGAGAUGCUAGCGUCAUAUGCGCAGCAAGUACUGAUAAUGAAAAUGCACUUGAAGCGUCAUACCGCGUGAGCUACCGAGUAGCAAAAGCAUCGGAAGCCCAUACCAUAGCAGAGAGCUUGAUAGGUCCAUGUAUAAAAAAGGCAGUUCAUUGCAUGUUCGGAGAAAAGGUUGCAAAAAGGAUUGACAUGGUACCUUUGUCCAAUAAUACGUUGUCACGAAGAAUUAAUGAUAUGUCAAAUAAUGUAGAGACUACAAUUAUACAUAGAGUGAAAAAUAGUCCAUAUUAUGAUAUACAGUUGGAUGAAUCAACUGUUGUAGCUAAUCUAGCUAUUUUGCUACUGUUUGUACAUUAUGUGAAUGAAGGUAUGGUUGAAGAAGACUUGUUGUUUUGCCGACCAUUAGAAGAAUGUACAACUGGAGAAGAUAUCUUCAAUCUGGCUAAUGCAUAUUCUCAAGAAAAGGAAAUAGAUUGGUCUCAUUGCCUAGACGUUUGCACUGAUGGGGCCACAUCAAUGAUGGGGAAGUAUAGUGGAUUUGUAGCUCGAACAAAAAAGAUAUUGAUCACUGAGGAAAAAGAGAAAUUGAUUGAGAUCUCCUGUGAUUACGAACUGAAAAGGAGUUUCAGAAAUCUGUCAUUGAUCAACUUUUGGCUGAGUUUAAGAAACGAGUACCCCUUUCUGGCAGAAAAAGCUACUACAGUUUUGUUACCAUUUACAACAACAUACUUAUGCAAGAAAGCGUUUUCCUCGUAUGCACAUCUGAAAACCAACCACAGAAACAGACUCGAUGCCAAACCAGACCUGAGACUAUCAUUCUCCAGUGGUUCUGGACUAACAGCGCCUCCAGAAACAGAGAGCACUACAUCCACUUAUGAAACUACUACAACCACUCCUGACACCACUACAACUACGACGCCAGAGCCAACCACCACUUUUGAAACUAUGGGUGAUGAUCUGGUGCUAGGACUUGCAAAUGGGCCAAACCGCUGUGCAGGUCGUGUUGAAAUCCUUCACUUUGGAGGCUGGGUAAAAGUUUGUGGUGAUUUGUGGGACAUGAACGACGCACGAGUUGUGUGCAGGCAACUGGGCUGUGGCGAGCCUGUUGCUGCUCUGAGAAAUAGCUAUUUUGGUGAAGGCUGGACAAGUCCUUGGAUGACUAAUGUGAGAUGCACUGGCUCUGAAGACGUUUUGUGGUAUUGCCCUCAUGAAAAUUGGCCGAAUACAUGUGGUUUUUAUGGAGAUGCUGGUGUCAUAUGUUCAGCAAGCACUCUGUUUCCUCCAGUGAGAACCACACCAAGUGGGCUGGCAUUGAGACUGGUGAAUUCAUUUAGCAGAUGUGAAGGUCGUGUUGAAGUCUAUUACGCAGGAUCCUGGGGGACAGUGUGCGAUGAUUCUUGGGAUCUCAAUGACGCAAAUGUUGUGUGCCGGCAGCUUGGAUGUGGAUAUGGUGUUGCAGCAAAGACCAAUGCCUAUUAUGGUCAAGGCUCAGGAAAUAUUGUUCUGGAUGACGUGAGGUGCAUAGGAUCGGAAUACAGUUUAUGGGACUGUCCUCAUUCAGGAUGGCUCUCUCAUAACUGUGGUCAUUCUGAAGAUGCCGGUGUCAUCUGCUCAGGGCUGGCAUUGAGACUGGUGAAUUCAUUGAGCAGAUGUGAAGGUCGUGUUGAAGUCUAUUACGCAGGAUCCUGGGGGACAGUGUGUGAUGAUUCUUGGGAUCUCAAUGACGCAAAUGUUGUGUGCAGGCAGCUUGGAUGUGGAUAUGGUGUUGCAGCAAAGAGCGGUGCCUAUUAUGGUCAAGGCUCAGGAAAUAUUGUUCUGGAUGACGUGAGUUGCAGAGGAUGGGAAUACAGUCUAUGGGACUGUCCUCAUUCAGGAUGGCUCUCUCAUAACUGUGGUCAUCAAGAAGAUGCCGGUGUCAUCUGCUCAGGGCUGGCAUUGAGACUGGUGAAUUCAUUUAGCAGAUGUGAAGGUCGUGUUGAAGUCUAUUACGCAGGAUCCUGGGGGACAGUGUGUGAUGAUUCUUGGGAUCUCAAUGAUGCAAAUGUUGUGUGCCGGCAGCUUGGAUGUGGAUAUGGUGUUGCAGCAAAGAGCGGUGCCUAUUAUGGUCAAGGAUCAGGAAAUAUUGUUCUGGAUGAUGUGAGUUGCAGAGGAUGGGAAUACAGUCUAUGGGACUGUCCUCAUUCAGGAUGGCUCUCUCAUAACUGUGGUCAUUCUGAAGAUGCUGGUGUCAUCUGCUCAGGUCAUUCCCCAGGAGACAGUCUAUGGGACUGUCCUCAUUCAGGAUGGCUCUCUCAUAACUGUGGUUAUUCUGAAGAUGCCGGUGUCAUCUGUUCAGGUAAAUACCAAGUGUUUGCAGGUGUCUUUCAAAAAAAUUCUUCCAACUCAAAAUAUGCUUGUGGUGGUGUCCUUCAGUAUUCAUCUGGGACAUUUCAAAGCCCAUUCUAUCCUGGGAAUUAUCCAAACAAUGCAGAUUGUGUGUGGGAAAUAGAAGCAGUGAACAAUUACCGUAUAACACUUUCAUUUAGAGAUAUCUCGACAGAAGGUGGUAGAUGCCAGCAUGAUUAUAUUGAGAUAUAUGAUGGGCCACUCUAUACCUCUCCUUUACUGGGGAAAAUUUGUUAUGGUUCCUAUCUCACAUAUACAUCGUCCUCAAACUUGAUGACAGUUCGAUUUCACAGUGACUCGAGUGUAACAAACAGAGGGUUUCGUGCUGACUAUCACAUCAUUCCAGCAGAUCAGAAUACUGUUCUUCUGUGCUUGCCAGAAUACAUGCAUGCAGUUGUUAAGAGAGCCUAUCUCCUCUCACAAGGCUACAUUGCAGAGAAUGUCAGCUUGAAUGACCCUUAUUGUAAACCAAAGAUUACAACAAACGAUAUUAUAUUCAACAUCCCAUAUAAUGGCUGUGGCACAAGACGAGAGGGAAACAGCAAUACUAUCAUGUAUUCCAACUUGAUCAAAGCAACCUCUUCUGGUUACAUAAUCAAAAGGGAAAAAGAUCUUCACUUGCAUGUCAACUGCAAAAUGCUCCAAAACACAUGGAAAGAAAUCAUGUAUGUUGCUCAGGAUGUGGCUGAGGAUGUUACUGAGGUCAAUGAAACUCAGUACAGCAGAUAUGACGUGAACAUUUCAUUCUACGAAUCACCAUCCUUCUCACGGCCAGUGUAUGACUCUCCAUACUACGUUAGAUUGAACCAGAAUUUAUUCCUUCAAGCUUCAAUUCACAGCUCUGACCCAAAUCUGGUGUUGUUUUUGGACACAUGUGUGGCAUCACCUGUUCCCAGUAGUGUUACAUCCACGACCUAUGAUAUUAUCAGGAAUGGAUGUGCUAGAGAUCCUACCUACGGUACAUACUAUUCACCCUACAGCUCCACCAUACGGUUCAAAUUUAAUGCCUUCAAGUUUGUUAACCAAUAUUCAUCAGUUUACCUGCAGUUUAAAAUGGUGGUGUGCAGGGUAUAUGAUUAUUCUUCCCGAUGCUACCAGGGCUGCAUACCCAGGUCCAAAAGAGAUACAAGCUCUUACCAAGAAAAAGUGGAUGUUGUUGUUGGGCCAAUUGAGCUUUGGAAAGAAGGCACUGAGAACAGGAAUGCUGAGCUGGACUAUUCUGAACAUCAGGAAGAUGUGGAUUCCCGUGGUUCACUUACCACUACUGCUGGUCAUUCCCAGGCUCCAUUUAUUGUUACGGCUGUGGUGCUUGCAGCUGUUAUUUUCACUCUUGUUGGCUUUCUUUUGAAAAGUAAACUGAAGAGACCGAUUCCAUACGAGAUAAUUGGGGAGGGGUUGGGUGGUGGUAUGGCCUGUGAUAUACAGGAGAUCAGGUUAGAUGAUCUGGUGGUUCCUUCUGGCCUUAAUUUCUAUGACUAUGAUUUGCAUAUCUACAACGAGGUGUGCAAGGAGAAAGAAGAAGAGAUGUUCAACGAUGAUGACUGGAAGCUGAUGGACCCAGCAAAUAAAAAUGCCAGGAAACCUACCUGCAUUGGGGCAAACACAUUGUUCAAGAAAUAUUCAGGUGCCAUUUGGACAGUGUUUUCCACAGCCAGCAAGUUGUCCUUGGCAUUCCCUGGUUUGUCAAUCAUGAUCCGCUCAUCUGCUGGUGGUCAGGCAUGGUAUACUUUGACUCCCUGUCUUGCCAGCAAUCCUGUUUCCAAGAGUGGUCCAGAAACCAACAACCCUCUGCAGUUUAUUCUGUCCUCUAAAGAAUUCAGAGAGACUAAACAAUCCCAGUUGCCUCAGCCUCUCCUCAUAAGUCAGUGGUCCCUAAACUUUUUUGUCUGGCGGGUGCCAGACCACGAGCCACGGAGGACCAUGGUGACGGACGAGCAUCGGCUGAAAUGCCGCCGAGAAGCGGCAACGUCAAUAGGCAUCGCCGCCGAGAAGCAGCGUCAUCCAGAGGCAUCGCCGCUGAAAUGCCUCCGAAAAUCGGUGACAUUUCGGCGGCGAUGCCUCUGGAUGAUGCUGCUUCUUGGCCGCAUUUCGGCGGAUGCUCGUCCGCCGGCCAGUACGCGGGCACACUUAGAUGCCCCGGUGGGCGCCAUGGCGCCCGCGGGCACUGCACACAAAGACAUGUCCAUGUACAGGACGCCUACAGAAGCCAAGAAGCUGGAAUUGCCCCUGGGUACACCCGUAUGUGUUCAGAAGAGAAGGCCUCUUUACGCUUAUUUUGCUAACGAGGCAGGACCAUUGCAGAACCCCAUGUUUCAUCCUGUAAUUGAACCGAAGAAAGAGGAAGACUUUAUGGAGCCACUGCCAUUUAUAGGAAUGGAAGAAGAGCCUGUAUACGAGGACAUGGCAACUGAGGGACGGUCGGAGGAUAGCGAUGUUGAGAACCAGCCGAUAGACCCCGAGUCAUGGAAAGACGGCAACGUUGUUACGAUAGCCAAGCCGGGUCCGUACAAGAUUACUGCCCUGGUGUGUGACGAGUGGUCGACAGGUGCAGACCCAGAAGCACAUGAGGAGGUUGCUGAAACAAUGAUCGAUGGAGCUCCUGCCAGUGGUGAUUCAGAAACAAAUGACACAAACAGGGGGUGCAGCGAGCGGUUGUCAACUGUAGAACCAAAAGAACAUGAUGAGGAAGGUGCCACGGUGCAUCAGCUGGGGAUGAUAAUGAUGAUGAUUCAGAAUCAGACGAGGGUACGAUUGAGCGGCCAAAUUCCUAGAGCUGGCCCUGGGCACGCUGAAGCUCUAAUGACUGCCAGUGCUAAGUACUCGGUAGACUGGUUGGGCAUAAAGGUGUUCAGCAUUCCGGCCAGCAGUCGUGUCAGUAACCAGGAAAACCUCUUUUUGGGACAGCUACCCAAGCAGCUUGUAAUCGGUUUUAUAGAUAACGACGCCUUCAGCGGCAGCUACGUUAAAAACCCUUUUAACUUUAAACAUUAUAACAUUAAUUUUGUGGCCUUGUAUGUGGAUGGCGAACAGGUGCCAGCGAAACCCCUACAACCUGAUUUUGAGACUGGAAACUGUGUGAGGGAGUACAUGCAGCUCAUGCAGGCGACUGGAAAAUAUGUAAAAGACUGCUCGCUUUUGAUUGACCGUGGUGAAUUUGCCCAGGGCUAUACGCUGUACGCCUUCGAUCUGACCCCAGAUCAGCAGUGCGCCGAUCAUUAUUCUCUGAUUAAAACUGGAAACCUGAGAGCGGAAAUUCGGUUUGCAAUGGCUUUGCCCUCUACGGUUAACAUGAUAGUGUAUGGGGUUUUUGAUAACGUGCUCGAAGUAAACCAUAGAAGAAACGUCCUGUUUGACUAUAUGGUGCUAGAAAUGCCAACCUUUUUUGUAGCUGUUGCCACCACUGUUACUAUUGUGAUGUCAGGAGAAAGGAAAUCUUGUUCUACAAGAUUGACUGAAUGGGACUUGAAGGCAAUUGAAGGAGUUGAUCAUUUAGGGCUGGCAUUGAGACUGGUCAAUUCAUUGAGCAGAUGUGAAGGUCGUGUUGAAGUCUAUUACGAAGGAUCCUGGGGGACAGUGUGUGAUGAUUCUUGGGAUCUCAAUGACGCAAAUGUUGUGUGCAGGCAGCUUGAAUGUGGAUAUGGUGUUGCAGCAAAGACCAAUGCCUAUUAUGGUCAAGGCUCAGGAAAUAUUGUUCUGGAUGACGUGAGGUGCAUAGGAUCGGAAUACAGUUUAUGGGACUGUCCUCAUUCAGGAUGGCUCUCUCAUAACUGUGGUCAUUCUGAAGAUGCCGGUGUCAUCUGCUCAGGGCUGGCAUUGAGACUGGUCAAUUCAUUGAGCAGAUGUGAAGGUCGUGUUGAAGUCUAUUACGAAGGAUCCUGGGGGACAGUGUGUGAUGAUUCUUGGGAUCUCAAUGACGCAAAUGUUGUGUGCAGGCAGCUUGAAUGUGGAUAUGGUGUUGCAGCAAAGACCAAUGCUUAUUAUGGUCAAGGCUCAGGAAAUAUUGUUCUGGAUGACGUGAGUUGCAGAGGAUCGGAAUACAGUCUAUGGGACUGUCCUCAUUCAGGAUGGCUCUCUCAUAACUGUGGUCAUUCUGAAGAUGCCGGUGUCAUCUGCUCAGGGCUGGCAUUGAGACUGGUCAAUUCAUUGAGCAGAUGUGAAGGUCGUGUUGAAGUCUAUUACGAAGGAUCCUGGGGGACAGUGUGUGAUGAUUCUUGGGAUCUCAAUGACGCAAAUGUUGUGUGCAGGCAGCUUGAAUGUGGAUAUGGUGUUGCAGCAAAGACCAAUGCUUAUUAUGGUCAAGGCUCAGGAAAUAUUGUUCUGGAUGACGUGAGUUGCAGAGGAUCGGAAUACAGUCUAUGGGACUGUCCUCAUUCAGGAUGGCUCUCUCAUAACUGUGGUCAUUCUGAAGAUGCCGGUGUCAUCUGCUCAGGGCUGGCAUUGAGACUGGUCAAUUCAUUGAGCAGAUGUGAAGGUCGUGUUGAAGUCUAUUACGAAGGAUCCUGGGGGACAGUGUGUGAUGAUUCUUGGGAUCUCAAUGACGCAAAUGUUGUGUGCAGGCAGCUUGAAUGUGGAUAUGGUGUUGCAGCAAAGACCAAUGCUUAUUAUGGUCAAGGCUCAGGAAAUAUUGUUCUGGAUGACGUGAGUUGCAGAGGAUCGGAAUACAGUCUAUGGGACUGUCCUCAUUCAGGAUGGCUCUCUCAUAACUGUGGUCAUUCUGAAGAUGCCGGUGUCAUCUGCUCAGUGGCUGCUGCUAAUACAACAUCUCCGUCAACAGAGAGCACUACACCCACUUAUGGAACUACUACAACCACUCCUGAGACCACUACAACUACGACGCCAGAGCCAACCACCACUUUUCAAACAAUGGGUGAUGAGAGCACUACACCCACUUAUGAAACUACUACAACCACUCCUGAGACCACUACAACUACGACGCCAGAGCCAACCACCAUUUUUCAAACAAUGGGUGAUGAGAGCACUACACCCACUUAUGAAACUACUACAACUACUCCUGACACCACUACAACUACGACGCCAGAGCCAACCACCAUUUUUGAUACUGUGGGUGAUGGUGAGUCUGUCUAUAUACAAAGUAUUAAGACAUCUUCAUGUGCAAAUGGGCCAAACCGCUGUGCAGGUCGUGUUGAAAUCCUUCACUUUGGAGGCUGGGUAAAAGUUUGUGGUGAUUUGUGGGACAUGAACGAUGCACGAGUUGUGUGCAGGCAACUGGACUGUGGUGAGCCUGUUGCUGCUCUGAGAAAUAGCUAUUUUGGUGAAGGCUGGACAAGUCCUUGGAUGACUAAUGUGAGAUGCACUGGCUCUGAAGACGUUUUGUGGUAUUGCCCUUAUGAAAAUUGGCCGAAUACAUGUGGUUUUUAUGGAGAUGCUGGUAUCAUAUGUUCAGGGCUGGCAUUGAGACUGGUGAAUUCAUUGAGCAGAUGUGAAGGUCGUGUUGAAGUCUAUUACGCUGGAUCCUGGGGGACAGUGUGUGAUGAUUCUUGGGAUCUCAAUGACGCAAAUGUUGUGUGCCGGCAGCUUGAAUGUGGAUAUAGUGUUGCAGCAAAGACCAAUGCCUAUUAUGGUCAAGGCUCAGGAAAUAUUGUCCUGGAUAAUGUGAGUUGCAGAGGAUGGGAAUACAGUCUAUGGGACUGUCCUCAUUCAGGAUGGCUCUCUCAUAACUGUGGUCAUUCUGAAGAUGCUGGUGUCAUCUGCUCAGGUAAAUACCAAGAGUUUGCAGGUGACUUGCAGCUGCUGCUGGAUAUCCAACUUCUCCAUCAACGGAAGAGAACAAGAUCCUCACAUUUAGAUUGCCUGCUAGCCUUUCUGCCAAGCAUCUACAUAGGUCAUUCCCCAGGAGACAGUCUAUGGGACUGUCCUCAUUCAGGAUGGCUCUCUCAUUACUGUGGUUAUUCUGAAGAUACCGGUGUCAUCUGUUCAGGAACACCGGGAUACACUCCAUCAUGGCCCUGGUACACAACCACUGCAAAAUAUACUUGUGGUGGUGUCCUUCAGUAUUCAUCUGGGACAUUUCAAAGCCCGUUCUAUCCAAACAAUGCAGAUUGUGUGUGGGAAAUAGAAGCAGUGAGCAAUUACCGUAUAACACUUUCAUUUAGAGAUAUCUUGACAGAAGGUGGUAGAUGCCAGCAUGAUUAUAUUGAGAUAUAUGAUGGGCCACUCUAUACCUCUCCUUUACUGGGGAAAAUUUGUUAUGGUUCCUAUCUCACAUAUACAUCGUCCUCAAACUUGAUGACAGUUCGAUUUCACAGUGACUCGAGUAUAACAAAGAGAGGGUUUCGUGCUGACUAUUACAACAUUCCAGCAGAUCAGAAUACUGUUCUUCUGUGCUUGCCAGAAUACAUGCAUGCAGUUGUUAAGAGAGCCUAUCUCCUCUCACAAGGCUACAUUGCAGAGAAUGUCAGCUUGAAUGACCCUUAUUGUAAACCAAAGAUUACAACAAACGAUAUUAUAUUCAACAUCCCAUAUAAUGGCUGUGGCACAAGACGAGAGGGAAACAGCAAUACUAUCAUGUAUUCCAACUUGAUCAAAGCAACCUCUUCUGGUUACAUAAUCAAAAGGGGAAAAGAUCUUCACUUGCAUGUCAACUGCAAAAUGCUCCAAAACACAUGGAAAGAAAUCAUGUAUGUUGCUCAGGAUGUGGCUGAGGAUGUUACUGAGGUCAAUGAAACUCAGUACAGCAGAUAUGACGUGAACAUUUCAUUCUACGAAUCACCAUCCUUCUCACAGCCAGUGUAUGACUCUCCAUACUACGUUAGAUUGAACCAGAAUUUAUUCCUUCAAGCUUCAAUUCACAGCUCUGACCCAAAUCUGGCGUUGUUUUUGGACACAUGUGUGGCAUCACCUGAUCCCAGUAGUGUUACAUCCACGACCUAUGAUAUUAUCAGGAAUGGAUGUGCUAGAGAUCCUACCUACGGUACAUACUAUUCACCCUACAGCUCCACCAUACACUUCAAAUUUAAUGCCUUCAAGUUUGUUAACCAAUAUUCAUCAGUUUACCUGCAGUUUAAAAUGGUGGUGUGCAGGGUAUAUGAUUAUUCUUCCCGAUGCUACCAGGGCUGCAUACCCAGGUCCAAAAGAGAUACAAGCUCUUACCAAGAAAAAGUGGAUGUUGUUGUUGGGCCAAUUGAGCUUUGGAAAGAAGGCACUGAGAACAGGAAUGCUGAGCUGGACUAUUCUGAACAUCAGGAAGAUGUGGAUUCCCGUGGUUCACUUACCACUACUGCUGGUCAUUCCCAGGCUCCAUUUAUUGUUACAGCUGUGGUGCUUGCAGCUGUUAUUUUCACUCUUGUUGGCUUUCUUUUCAAAAGUAAACUGAAGAGACCGAUUCCAUACGAGAUAAUGUGAGACGCUAAAGACACCAGCAUCUGGCAGACAAUGAUAUCUCAGGGCAUUUACGUAAUUAUUCUGUUUCUAGCCUUUGCACUCAAUAACUUCUAUGUGACAAUUUGCGCUUCAAAGAGAAAGUAUGACAAACACUGUAAUGAGGCUACACUCUGAGUUCUGGUAAAUUCAGGCUAGAGAUUGGCCUGAGGUUAAAACCCCACAUCCAAAUAACAUGGAAAGCUAGGAAAAGUUUGAAUCCAGAUCCCAAUUCUGUAACCAGCUGCCAUUUCCAGUAAUGGACUGAACCCAAGCCCAGUAUUUGACCUACCAGCUCCCUCCUGUCAAUCUAGAGCCAGACUUUGUACCUCAGGAUCUCUAAUUAGAUCUCUAAUCUAGAUAGACCAAAAAUACUAUCUAGUUUUCAUGGUAUUCUGCAGUGAGAUUCAACAGAGCAACUCUUGUAAUAUAAUGAAUGUGUAUGCAGGAAGAAUGGUCCAGAGGUUAGAGCACUAACCUGGGGUGUGAGUUACUGUUUCACCAUAAACAACUUGUGUGACCCCGGGUCAGUCACUUAAUCUCUCUGGGCCUUAGUUGCCCAUCUGUAAAAUGGGGAUAACAGCACUUCCCUAUCACACAGGGGUGUUGUAAGGAUAGCUACAAAUAAGAUUGUGAGGUGCUCAGAUAUUACCAUGAAGGGAGAUAUAGAAGUACCUAAGAUCGAUCGUACUUUGAUUUGACAACUUUAUUCAUAAAAAGGGCAAUCUGAUAUUGUU